AUGCAUUCACUUGCGCGGGCUCUCCUGGCUUCGGCAACUCUCGCGUUCGCUCGCCCCCAGGGCGUCAUCAUCAGCGCAAAGGGGACUCUCGGAACUAGUGUUGGCAUGGCCGUUGACAUUAACAACCCGGCCGACGCGAAUUUCAUCUCCCAGGAAGAGACCGUGCGCAAUGUCGUGAACGCGUGCGGACGAACCCUCCUGAAGGGCGGCAUCAGCCAAUCUGGUGAAACCGAGAAGAUUAUCGCCGCAGGCACCUUCACCAGGGUGGAGAAGGGCGGCGACCUUACCGUCACCAUCAGCCAACGCACCGCCGAGGGCUCUGGUCCCUUUACCUGCGACCUUGACGAAGCCAGUAAUGUUCUCGGUGUCUCGGGGCAAACACCUCUUACCGUCCAACAAGACAGCGCCGAGUUCGGAACUGGCAACUUGACGUUGACGGUUACAAUGCCUGCCAACUUGACUUGCAUCGGAGGGUCGACCGGAAACUUCUGUACCGUUCGUUGCCGAAACGAACAGAACUUCGGAGGAUGCAUUGCCGUUCAGCAAACCGAUGUCACUCCCAAUGUGAACGUCCCCGAUGAAAUCGUCAGCGCAGAGUUCGAGGACGACAUCAAUGCCCAGAUCGAGCAGAAUAAAAAGGACUUGGCAGCUGCUCAAGCCGGUCUUGCAUCAGCAGCCACUACUGACGAGCAGGGAAUUGAGAUCGCCAAAGCCAUUCUGGGAUCCGCCGUUAAUGUUGGUGGAGCAGCCGCCACAACUACUUCGGCUACCGCCACUCCGACGGGUAGGAGAGGCCGCAACCGCAACAGGCUUGGCAAUGGCAGAUCUGGACGAAAUAGGAAUAAUAGGUUCAACUGA